CACGGUGAAAACAUGUGCUGCAAAUUGGAGUCGUGCUGUUGCUCCAUCACCAGUUUGUGUCGGAUCUCAAUGGCCUUGAAUUUGGCCUUCAUCGCCAUAUGUACCAUUUUACUUCAUCGGGUCAUUGACCAAAAGAUCAUCUACUGGCCUUUAUUCGUGACUUGCUCCCAUUCGAUUCUCUUGGUGGGAAAGGCCAACUCGAAUCCCAAACUCGUCCGAUCUUGGCAAGUGAUCUGUUUGUGUCACAUUCUGUUCUUGGGAAUGGUCAACAUUUCGAUCUGUUUGGUCACCGUGCCUAAAUUUCGGGACAAAAUCCUCCACACACUUUUCAUAGGAGAGGUCGAUCACAAUUUCUAUUCCAUAACCAUAUCCAUGAUGAUUUUCAAUACCUCAGCUGUGUUGGUGUUGUUCUAUGUGGUUUUCUACAUGCUCGUGGAUCAAAAGCUCUUGACCAAGAACCGUCAUGAUGUCACGGUACUACCGACGAGUACCGCUAAUUCGAACUUGAAUUCCACACAAUCAGAGGGAUCGCAAAGCCUAAAGGAUAUUUUAUCGUCUCUUUCGAAUACCAUUGUCCUGGAUCAGGGUCAUUUUCCCACUUGGAGAAAUGAGGUCCUCUUUGAAUAUGGAAGUAUCUCGUCACCGCGUGGUUCCACUGCAGAAUUUCUUUGAGCAGGGGCAAUUUACCGUCCUGGUGAUCCGUUACCAAAGUGUUGCUGAGAAAAAUUGGUUUUGAGGAUAUCAUAGUCUCGUUCUGAUCAGAACUUCAUCUGUUCCCGGCAAAGCAACAACCAUGAAAGGUCUCUUUGGAACUUUGGUCGUUUUACUCCAGCUUUUGAGCGUUGAGCCCAAGGAAAACUACACUGCGUUGUCGAAAACGCUAUCUCGUUUUGGAGGACCCAGAAGUCAAGUGAAAUGUACAGAGGGGUUCAACCAAGGCGGAAACGCCAUGGUUCUCGUGAACAAUGCCGCCAACCUGGGUCAAUUCUCAUUUGACAACCGAGCCUCAUCUUGCUGUUUCACCGGAAUUUGGAUUCUGUACGAUUUACCUAAUUAUAACGCGCUUGAUUUCAAUGCUAUUAUGUAUACCGGGUGGGGUGAAAAUAUGUGUACAAACUUUGACGGUGUUUUCAACAAAAGGGCUUCUUCAGCUCGUGUCGGUGGCGCCCCUGACGGAUACAAGUAUAAUACCUUGAACAUCUUCCAAGGCCCAUUUUUCAUGGGCGAUGAACAGUUCUUCUACAGCGAUUCGGCCCAAUUCCCGGUCAUCAAUUUUGGCCAAUCUUUGUUAGUAACGGGUUGCUCCCCAUGGACGGUGUACCAGUUCCCAAACUUCCAAGGAGCAUCGGUUUGCUUUAUGCCUCAAAAUACUCAGAGUUGCGCUCCCGGAUUUUUUCCCAAUGCUGGACGUUUAGGUGGGUUGGCGGGUCAAAUGUCCAGUGCCAGAAUGGGAUGCUAUUCAGGAAAUGUAGCUACCUCUCAAAGAACUGAAGAAUCCGGAUGGAGAGUGGAGGGUGAUGGAAAGUCGACCAUUCACUUCAUUCAGUUGGCUGAACUUCAACAAAACCAUGUGGAUAAGUUUUCGGCAAUUAAAACGGAUUGAACAUGAGAUAAAUACAAUUUUUAUUGACAUGUCGGAGCAUAAAGUAUAAUUCGUCUUACUUAUCAUUUAGCGCGAGUAUUAAAUGAAGGUUGCAUGUUUUUUGAUUGUAUGAAUAUGCUCGUGAGCUUAGAUAAAUACUUAAAGAUUGAUUAAACUUAUCCAACAGUGCGUGUUGUCUGGAUGACAGUCACUCUGGUAUUCUUGAUGGCAAACAAGAAAUCGAUGAAGAACACGACACCGGCAGCAAUGCUCAGAAUGCCUAAAACCAAUCCCAUGGUAUAACGACUUCCUCGGUCAUAUCGAUGAUUUACCAAGGACAAAGCUCCAAUGGUUAUGAACAAGAUGGCACCCAACAAGUUAAUGAAUAACUCC